AUGAGGUGCACUGACAAUAUCUGCUAUACUAUCCGACAGUAUCUUCAUGAAUUCAGUAAAAGUGUUAUGAAGCCUGUACAAGUGCCUCCCCAGGACAAGGUUACGUGGAAGCGACCCCCACCUGAUGUCGUUAAAGUCAAUUUUGAUGCAUCCUAUCAUGCGGACACAGGAAGAGGAGCAUGGGGGUGUGUUGCUCAUACUGACCAAGGUGAAUUUCUGGCAGCAAAGGCCGACACACUUGAGCAUCUUACAGGGCCUCUACAUGCAGAAGCUUUGGCAUGUGUGCUAACUACUGAAGCAAGUGCGGAACUGGGCAUCCAUAGGGUGAUUCUUGAGUCUGAUUCCCAAGUGCUUGUCCAUGCACUCAAUUCUGGUGAAUAUGAAUGA